AUGAAAUCUUCACUUCCAAGCUUAAAUAAUGCUUCUAGUUAUGUAGGCUCAAGACAAUUUAAGCCUGCCUCAUCUCAACUAGCUACUUCUUAAUUGAAAAAAUCUAAAAUGGAAGGCUAUGAUGUUGUUGAACCUAAGCCUCCUAAAGAAAGUUUCAGCCAAACUUUAAAGAGUAAUAAAAAAUCUUAGCAAUUAGAUUCUACUGUAGGUGCAAAAAAUGCAGUUGAUCAAGCAAAUAAAAAAACAACUCUUGAGUAGAAUAUAGAGGAAUAAUAUAUAAAUGGUUUAUAGAAUGAAAUCAAGUUAUUAGAAUAUGAAUUAAAAUUAUUGAAGGAUAAAGAAACUGAAGAAUAAACAAACUUUACUUCAUUCUUCAAAUAUUUUAAUGAUGGUGUUCCUAUUAACGACAAUAUUAUUGCAAUGAAAAACGUUUACAGUUCAACUUAGCGCCAUCUCAGCGAAACUCUCACUGCCCACUAAACAGAAGUUGACGAGAUAUUGAUAGAAAAUUAAGCUAUUGAAGAAGAAACUAAGGAAUAUGAAGAGAGAUUUUAAGAGCUUUAGGAAAUAAUAACAAAAAAAGAAGAAGCUUAUGUUAAGGAAUAUGCAAAAUAUGAAAACAUGUUUUUUGAUGAGAUGUAUCUCUACAAAGAAUGUGAGCCUGAUUAAAAAGAAUUGCAAAAGAAAACAAGAUACUAUCAAGGAGAAAUUAUGAUUUUUAAUAGAAAUAGAGACAAAGAAGCUUUGAUUGCAGGUAGAAAGGAAAUCAUGGAUUAAUAAGCUUUAGAAAAACUUAGAAGAUAAGUUAUUAAUAUUGAAGAAAGUAUUCUUGAAAGAAAAAAAGAAAUGGAUGAUAGAAUGAACACAGAUGUCCUUGAACAUGAAACUCUAUUUUUAGAAGAGUAAAAUGAAUUACUUAAAAAGAGAAUUCUAGCUAUGAAGACAGAUCUAAGUAUGGUUUAGGUUAAAAUCUAAGAAUAAAAGUUUAUUUUAGAAACACAAGCCAAGGAUAGAGAAAAUGAUGUCAGUUAAAGAUUAACUUUAAUGAACAAAAUUUUUGAUCUGAAAGAAUAAAUAGAAGAUCAACAAAAAAUGACAGAGGGAUUAGUUCAAUAAAAAGUUAAGGAAUUAGAAAGAGAUAGAGUUAGAAAAGUAGAAUAAGAGGUUGAGCAUAUCACUAAGAGAUAAAUUAAUUUAUUCACUGAUCGUAACGAUGAAUUAGAAAAAUUAAACGAUGACAUCAUCUACAACAAAGUUGAACUUGAAAAAGAAUUCAUCGAUUUAGAAAUUGAAGAAGACACUCUUCAUAAAAGAAUUAAGGAUUCUAAGGAGAGACUUCAUUAACUUAAAGUAGAUAUCGAAUUAGCUGCAAUCAAAGAAAGAGACCUCUCCGAGCAAAUCGAUCCCAUUUCUCAAAAAAUAGAUUAGCUUAGCAAAGAAAAUCCUAAAAGAGAUCAAAGAGUACGCGACUUAGAAUAAGAAAUAUUUAAAGCAGAAUAAUAACUCGACCUUAUUAACCAAUUUAAAAACUUUAACAUAGAAGAAGCUAAAAUGGCUUAUGCCUCAAAUAAUCAAAUUAACAAAAGCAUAGAAAAAUUAGUAAGAGAAUAUAGAAAAAUAACUACUUCUUGA